AUGGCGACGACAAGCUCUAUGUUCAUGUAUAGCUUGACUAUACAGCCGCCGUCAGCCAUUACUCAAGCAGUGUUGGGUCAGUUUGCCGGUACAAAAGAGCAACAGAUCAUCACAGCAUCGGGCUCCAGGCUCACCAUCCACAGACCCGAUGCCACUCAGGGCAAAGUCUCCCCUCUCUUCACCCAGGAUUGCUUCGGCAUCAUCAGAUCGCUUGCUGCCUUUCGGUUAGCAGGGAGCAGUAAAGACUAUCUCAUUGUCGGUUCAGAUUCCGGUCGCAUUACGAUUCUCGAGUACCUUCGAGAACAGAACCGCUUCAACCGCGUCCACCUCGAAACAUACGGCAAAUCGGGUAUUCGAAGAGUCAUCCCUGGUCAAUACCUUGCGGCCGACCCAAAAGGAAGAGCAUGUAUGAUCGCGUCUGUUGAAAAGAAUAAACUGGUCUACGUCUUGAACAGAAAUGCUCAGGCCGAGCUUACGAUCUCCUCACCCCUUGAGGCGCACAAACCCCAGACUCUGGUAUUUGACAUGAUAGCCCUUGACGUCGGUUACGAGAACCCAAUCUUCGCCGCCCUCGAAGUUGACUAUACCGAGGUGGAUCAAGAUCCUAGUGGCCAGGCUCUCGAGGAGGUCGAAAAACUACUCGUCUUCUACGAACUUGACCUGGGCUUGAACCAUGUUGUUCGCAAAUGGGCCGAACCCGUCGCGAGAAGCGCGACAAAGUUAUUACAGGUCCCCGGUGGUUCAGAUGGUCCGAGCGGCGUCCUAGUUUGCGGCGAAGACAAUAUCACAUAUCGGCAUUCGAAUCAGGAGGCCUUCCGUGUGCCUAUCCCCCGGAGAAGAGGAAUUCUGGAGAAUCCUGACCGUAAGAGACAUAUUGUGGCAGGAGUAAUGCACAAGAUGAAAGGCCAGUUCUUCCUGCUUCUGCAGACAGAAGACGGCGAUCUGUUCAAAGUUACAAUCGAUAUGGUGGACGAUGACAAUGGCCAACCAACCGGGGAGGUCAAGUCUCUGAAGAUCAAAUACUUUGACACGGUGCCCGUGGCAAACAGUCUGCUCAUCUUGAAGAGCGGAUUUCUGUUUGUGAGCAGUGAAAGCGGGAAUCAUCACUUCUACCAGUUUGAAAAGCUCGGGGACGAUGACGAUGAGACCGAAUUCAACAGCGACGAUUUUCCAGCAGAUCCAGCCGAGGACUACCCCCCAGCAUAUUUCCGUGUUCGGCCUCUCUCCAAUCUCAACCUAGUCCAAAGCAUUGAUUCAGCGAAUCCCUUGAUGGACUGCAAAAUCGCAAACCUACUCGAUGAAGAUGCUCCGCAGAUAUAUUCGAUCUGUGGCUCAGGCGCUCGCAGCAGUUUCAAGACUCUCAAGCACGGGCUGUCAGUCUCGGAAAUUGUCGAGUCAGAACUCCCAGAUAAACCUGAGGCUGUAUGGACCACCAAGCUGGCGAGGGAUGACGAAUACGAUGCCUAUAUCGUGCUGUCUUUCCGCACUGGGACCCUUGUGUUAAGCAUUGGGGAGACGGUCGAGGAGGUCACCGAUACCGGCUUUCUCUCGGGAGCUCCGACGCUUGCUGUGCAGCAGCUGGGGGACGAUGCAUUGAUCCAAGUACAUCCCAAAGGCAUCCGGCACAUUCGAGCAGAUAAACGAGUCAAUGAAUGGCCUGCACCCCAACAUCGAUCAAUUGUGGCUGCCACGACGAACGAGCAGCAAGUUGCGGUGGCUCUAAGUUCGGGAGAAAUCGUCUAUUUUGAAAUGGACUCGGAUGGGUCUUUGGCAGAGUACGACGAGCGACGAGAAAUGACUGGGACUGUCACUUGUCUUUCUCUAGGAGAUGUGCCUGAAGGCCGCGUCCGCAGUUCGUUCCUCGCCGUUGGCUGUGACGAUUCGACUGUCAGAAUAUUGAGCCUUGACCCCGACUCGACGCUGGAGAACAAAUCAGUGCAGGCAUUGACUUCGGCACCUUCAGCUCUGUGCAUCAUGCCCAUGGCAGACUCUACAUCCGGGGGAACCACACUGUAUCUUCAUAUUGGGCUCUACUCGGGCGUCUACCUGCGGACCGUGCUAGAUGAGAUCACUGGCGAGUUAUCAGAUACUCGGACUCGGUUUCUGGGUAUCAAGCCGGCCAAACUUUUCCGCGUCUCAGUGAAGGGUCAGAAUGCCGUGGUGGCGUUAAGUUCUCGUCCUUGGCUGGGAUACACCGACAUACAGACGAACGGUUUCAUGCUUACGCCGCUCGACUAUGUCGGGUUACAGUACGUCUGGAACUUUACAAGUGAACAGUGUCCAGAGGGAAUGGUGGGCAUCCAAGGGCAAAAUCUAAGGAUAUUUACCAUCGAGGACCUAUCAAGAAACCUCCUGCAAGAAAACAUCCCACUUCCAUACACUCCUCGAAAAUUCAUCAAACAUCCAGAGCACCCCUUGUUCUACGUCAUCGAAGCAGAUAACAAUGUCCUCGCGCCAGCCACAAGAACAAAGCUUCUUACAGAGUCAACGGCCGUCAACGGAGACGCCGUUCAACUGCCGGCCGAAGAGUUUGGAUAUCCACGAGGCACUGGGCACUGGGCGUCUUGCAUUCAAGUCAUUGACCCUGUGAGCUCCAAGUCUGUGGUUUUCACCCUUGAACUGGAGGAGAAUGAAUGCGCAACGAGCAUCACGGCAGCUCCCUUUGCAGGUCAAGAUGACGAGACAUUCCUCGUCGUCGGGACGGCAAAAGAUCUAGUCGUUAGUCCUCGGUCCUUUGCUGCUGGAUACAUCCAUGUGUACCGUUUCCACGAAGAUGGCAAGGAGCUCGAGUUUAUCCACAAGACAAAGGUGGAACACCCGCCCACCGCUCUCCUGGCAUUUCAGGGGCGACUUUUGGCGGGCAUCGGGACAGAUCUGAGAAUCUACGAUCUCGGCAUGAAACAAAUGCUACGCAAGUGUCAGGUGCAGGCUGCUCCCAACAUCAUCGUUAGCCUGCAAACCCAAGGGAGCAGAAUCAUCGUCAGUGACAUCCAGGAAAGCGUGUCAUACUGCGUGUACAAAUAUCAGGAGAACAAACUCAUCCCCUUUGCCGAUGAUGUGAUCGCUCGCUGGACGACUUGCUGCGCCAUGGUUGAUUACGAAACGGUGGCAGGAGGCGACAAGUUUGGUAAUCUGUGGAUGCUUCGCUGCCCGCAAAAGGCAUCUGAAGAGGCCGACGAGGAUGGAUCCGGUGCGCAUCUCCUCCACGAGCGACAGUACCUCAAUGGCGCACCCAAUCGCCUCAGUCUCAUGGCGCACUAUUUCCCCGGCGACAUUCCGACCAGUAUCCAAAAGACGAAUCUUGUGGCUGGUGGGCGUGAUGUUGUCUUCUGGACUGGAUUUCAAAGCACGCUGGGCAUCCUUGUGCCAUUCGUGAGCCGUGAGGAUGUCGAUUUCUUCCAGAGCCUCGAAACGCAGCUCGCUUCAACCAAUGGCAACCCCCCAUUGCUCGGAAGGGAUCAUCUAAUCUACCGGUCAUACUAUGCACCCUCGAAGGGCACGAUUGAUGGCGAUCUAUGCGAGACAUUUUUCCUGCUGUCGGGUGACAAGAAACAGCUUAUAGCUGCCGAGUUGGAUCGCAGUAUCCGCGAGAUUGAGAGGAAGAUCUCGGACAUGAGGACACGGGUGGCAUACUGA